AUGGCCCGACGUGCGAAGAGAAGAGAUCCAUCCAGUACGGUGAACUCGAAGACAAGACUAGACGAACGGUCUUUGGGCACUGUAGGCGAGCGCGAACUCAGUCCUAAUCUUAUCUCUAAGCUGCCAUACGACAUUCUGAAAAUGAUCUACCACCUGGUCCUAAAGGAGGAGCAUGGGGUGCUGCUCCUUCGCUUUAAGAAACAUACACUUUCGACUGCAUACACUCUCGGCCCAGUUGCCCCGGACGACACGAAGGACGCUGACAUGGGGAAAAUAUUUGAGGACGAGGAGCGUUGGUAUGGAGAACCGCGCUCGAGCGUCAACCUGAAUGGAAUGCAGCAUGAGGUCUACAAUUUCAGGAAUGUGGGAUUCUGCAUGGUGUCGAGGGCCAUCUACAAUACGGCGAUCUGCUAUUUUUUUAGCAUGAACCUCUUUCGGUGCUUGGACUUCGACGACCUGGAGAAUUUCUUACAAGAUGUCAGACAUGUUCACAUGAUCAACAAGAUCCAGGUCGUUUGGAAAGGUGGUUAUACAGGUGGCAUAAAGGCGAUUACGAAGGGAAUCCGCGCAUUACAGAACAGGGCCACGGGGCUGAAGGAGUUGCAUCUUAUCGUUGGUAAAAAGGUUAGUGAGGCUAUGCUCACCCAGGAGGCGUGGCGAUUGAUAUGCGAAAUGGCUCGGCAGAAGAAAUGGCAGGUGCACUUGGAUGGCGAGGCGGGGUGUUUGCUCAAGGCGCGUCAGCAGCUAGAGGAUGAGGGCCAAAAGACAACCUCUCCAGAAUAG